AAUUCCUCCCAGGAAUGCUUUGGAAUUCCUCCCAGGAAUUCUCCGGAAUUCCUCCCAGGAAUUCUCCGGAAUUCCUCCCAGGAAUUCUCCGGAAUUCCUCCCAGGAAUUCUCCGGAAUUCCUCCCAGGAAUUCUCCGGAAUUCCUCCCAGGAAUUCUCCGGAAUUCCUCCCAGGAAUUCCUAAGUUCUGAAGUAAUAAUUAGAUUUUCUCUUCUUCUCAAAAUGUACUACUUCACGGACCAUAAAUCGAUGAUGAUCAAAGAACCGCCAGUUUGGCAUCACUGCCUGUCAUAGUCGUCGCCUACUAUUCCUGUCCUCUUGGUAUUGAUGCUACACACGUUGCCUAUCUCACGCGUACCAUCUCACCCGGGGAACAGCGGGAGCGGACGCGAGAGAAUCAACGCCCGCCCUGUCCUGACCCCGUGGACCGUCGAUCGUCGGAUCGGCGGAGUCCGGUGCGCCGGGUGGUGGUUUGGUUGGAUACGGAGGUCGGGUUGGGAGGAUUUCAAUAUUUUUCCCUCUAUGUGGGACUUUCGAAAAUUUUCACUCCCAAUUUAUAAAUAGUUGCGUUUCGGCAUUCUCGGUUGCACGCCGCGAGCGAGCGAGCGCGCGCGGUCUCGACCCGGUCCUCUCCGGUAGUGGUGUGUAGUGCCUGGCCUACUACGAUUCGUGCGAUAUUUUUGUGUGCAUUGUGAUGAUCGCGGUCACUCCGGGGAUAUCUAGAUCUUCGAUUCGAUCGUUGUAGGGAAAUAGGGCGAUCGCCGCGCCGAUCGCCAUAACAACAAACCGUCGCCGCCGGAAUCGCGUACCAGAAUCCGCCCGUGUAAAUCUUCUAGUCAUCGAAUCUGUGAGCUGUUGUUCGCGUAACCUAGCGCUGUGAUAUAGAAUUUUAAGUGCUGUACAGUGUGAUCAACCAAUCAACGACGGGACGGGACGGGAGCUUAGCGCCCUUCAAACCUUCGAUACCGUCUGCUGUGCACUAGUGUAUUUUUAUGUGUUUGUAGUGCGGGCGGUGCACCAUCUGGUGGCGAAAGAGUGCAACCUUCGUGGCAGAUGCAAUUGACCGUCGAUCAAGUACUAUACUUUAGUGUGAUACACGCAACUCUCCGCGAUCCGUCCAAUCCGGUAAUCUAGAAUAGAAGUGCAAGUGUAACGGCAAAACACGCAGUGCAGCGAACUCCAAGCGUGUGAUCGCACGCACGGACUCAGCUGUUUUACCCAGCCGCCUACUGUGAUAAAGAGCGAUCAGCAGUGUAACAGCGCGAAAAGCGAUCAAUCAGGAUCGGUGCAACGCGCGCGCGAGAUCGCCGACGACCCCCUGCGCAUAAUCUGUAUUUUAUGAAGUGCGGCGGGGUGGACAACCACAACAACAACCACAACGGUACGCGAAGAAGACGAUCACAACAAUGGCCGAUCUCUCUGCAACUGCAACGACUACGGCUGGCACGAGUCGACGCAGAUAUGUGCGCAGCAAUACGGCCAGCGUAACGCAGCUGCUAUCGGACAGUUGCAACAGUAUCCUGCAGCGGUUCCGUCGCAAUCCCAGCGAGAAGCUCGACAAACGACCAUCGCAGUAUCGCUUCAACGAGCUCAGCACGUCCGCGUCCAGCAGUGCAAUCUUCGCCCGUGAUCGCCAGAGUUCAUCGACCGCGACGUCCGACUAUGGCAGCCUCGGGUCCUCUAGUGAUUCGGUCCACCGGCCGUCGUACUCCAGCUUCAACAGUACUAUGAGCUCGUACUACAAGCCCCUGUUCCGCACCUUCGGUAAACGAUUCGAUUCGUCACCCAAACGUGAUACCACAGAGGACAAGGACAAAACUCCUACCGUAGCUUCCACGCGCACUCCAGUCCCUGCCAGUCGCAGCAAACCGACACCGUCCUCCACCGGAGAAACUGCCAGUUCCACGAUCACCCGGCUCGAGUCCAAGUACUGCGACAUCCUCGAUCGCGUUCACCGCCGGAAAGAGAAAGACGACAAGGAAAAGACACUGGAACCCGAGCGAACCCCCACCAACUUCGGUUCGUCCCGGGGAUUCAACGCCUUGUCCAAGAGUGCCACCACGGCAAACGUCGGCUGUAGAACCACCGACUCCUUCACAUCGUCCUCCUCCGCCCUCAAGGAACGCACCCCUUACCGACUGGCAACCCAGCGAAGCCGCAACAAGUUCCUCGAAUCCCUCGAAAUGGAUUACUACAAAAAGCGAGCGGAGCUCAACCUGGCCCACUCGAAACCGUCUACCUCCUCGGCCGUCGAUAGUCUCCUCUACGAGCGCAACGGCCGAGAGCUCAGCAAUUCGUCCAAGUACGUCCUCAAACCCCGCAGCAAAGACAGUGGCUACUACGAAAGCAAACCGCUCUCGCUGGCGCCCAGCUCAACAGCCCUCGGCAAAGAAAACAUCUACAAAUCCAAAUACGACCCGGACGAACUGCUAUCCGAGCUCAACAGCAGUUCGAUACUCAGCGGAGCUACCAGCAACACCCGGCGUCAGAUCCGACCUUACAAGCGGAGCGACACCACCGGGAUCAACUUCCUGCAGCAUUCGGCAGCUGCAGCCGCCCUUCCCACCGACUCCGAUCGGAAAAGGGAAAACCGCCGCAGCGGCCACUUCCCGCACGUGCAGCGUUCGACGACCCAGGGCUUCUUCGACGCCGACCAGAUCUCCAGCGACAGCGAUAGCGACGACACCGAUGACGAAGCCACACCGCCCACCAACGAUCCGCUCCAGAUCGAACGGAACCACAAGCGCAAACAGAUCGAGAGUAUCCUCCAAAAAUACGCCCCGAUCGAGGAAAAGAAACACAAGGAUCGCACGAAGCUGGCGGCGACCACUACCGUGAACCCCAUGGCUAGCGAAUUGUCGCCUAACACGGCUCUACAUCGGAUCAAGUCGCCCAGCACCCAUCAGCGGUUGAACAGCUCCCGGUUCGAAGCGCCGAGCACCAGUGGUACUUCCGGUCGGUACCACCACUACGGAAGCAUCGUGGCCAGCGGAGGGACGCCCGGGGGUCUCCAGAAGUCCUUCACCGUGUCCAACGUAUCCUCCCAUCUCAACGGAAACGGUUUGUACAACGGCAACGCGGGUACGUCCUCGAUUAUGGCCAUCCACCAUCAUACGGGUUACGGCAAGCAGCAGCACCUGCUGCAACAGCAGCAACAGCUGCAGCAUCAACUGCUGAUGCGCAGCUCCCGGUCGUCCCGAAUUCCCAAAGCACUGACCACAUUU